AACAACACCGAGCAGAGAAUACGAGUUGAGGUAAUCCAGGGCUCCCCGGGGGUUGACCGUAGAUUCAACCUGAAGACUUUUGAACAGUUACUUAUAACAUCCCAUUCCCUCACAUAACUCACCUCACAACCUCUUCAACUAUCAAUGACUUCUCAAACACCCCGGAAGCGCAUCUUCCUAACCGGAGCCAGCGGCUACGUAGGCUCAGUUAUAACAGAACUCGCAGUCAAAGAUGGCUUCGAAAUCCACGGCCUCUCCCGCAACGAAGCAAGCGACUCGAAGCUCCGCAACCUCGGCGCCAUACCCACAAGAGGCGACCUCACCUCCCUAGACGUCUUCCGCCACGAAAGCAAAGCAGCAGAUAUCAUAAUCCACCUGGCCACGGCCUACGUAUUUGGCGGCGAGCCCUACGAGACCUUCAGACCCAUAGACACCGCAGCCGUCGACGCCAUCGCCGAUGCUCUAGCCGGCACCGACAAGCCCCUCGUCGUCACGUCCGGCACGCUCUGCGUCGCGGCGGAUCCCACCGGCGCAGAGACUACCGAGGCAUCUCCCGCGGACCCGGAACCCAUCAACACUCGUAUCCUGACCGAACUGCACUCGCUGGGUCUCGCAAAGAGAGGGAUCCGAGUUAUGUCAAUCCGACUGGCGCCCUACGUCUACGGCCGAGGCGGCAGCGGCGUAGCGCAGUUCAUGGGCAUCGCAGCUCAGACUGGCGGGGUAACUAUCGUCGAUGGUGGGAAGAACCGGACUACAAAUGCGCAUGUUGACGAUGCUGCGCGACUCUUUCUCCUAGCCGCGGAGAGGGGACGAACAGGGGAGGUUUACAACGCCAGCUCGUCGACCGAUGUGACCUCCUUCCAGAUCUCCGAGGCCAUUUCUGCAGCUGUUAAGGUUCCGCUGAGGGACAUUAACCUGGAUGUUGCAAAGGAGCAGCUGGGUCAGACUAUUUCCUUCUUCCUUUCCGCUGAAAACCGGGCGUCUGGUGCAAAGGCCAAGGAAGAGUUGGGCUGGGAACCCCGAGGUCUGGGCAUCUUGGAGGACAUCAGCAAGGGUUCGUAUAUGGAAGUUGCCAAGGCCCUCAAGAAGUAG